AUGUCCAAAUGCACGGCUGCUUUCAAUAGCCUUAUCAUUACCGGCGGUACCUUAGGGAAUUCCUUACAUAAUGAGAGCACCUCCCCUUCAACUACUCGAAAUCUGACAAGGGUGCGCUGCUCUUUUCUCAACAGCAGUGGCCUAACGCUCAACCGAAGCGCCAUUAAUACCGCUUCUGAGAUGUACUUUUUGACUUACAGUGCAGUCAACUCACUGGGUAUAGCCGCAGAGCCGCGGUACCGAGCUGUGGUCUUCAAGUCACAAUGCAGUAUUCGUGGGGUAGCUGGGGUCGAGGCCUGGUGUGCUCCGCUGCUGGGGUCGCGAUCAUCAUUAUUAACAACGGCUGACUACUCACUACUGCCCCCCGAAGACCGCACCUUCAGCAGCAGCAGCAGCAGCGGUAUUCUGACCCGGCUAAUCAAAGCAUUCCUUCAGAGCCCAUCUGAGUCCAGUAGUAGCGGUUCAUCAUGGACGACUUCAUUAAGCAGAUCCAUUGCUAGCACGCAGCAACUUCUUACCAUGGGAGCCAUCACUACUAUCGCAUCCACUUCUCCUAAAUCCGAAAAUGCUUUACUGAUUCCCACCAUAUCAUAUUCUCCUUAUGGCGAUAUUAUUGCAGUAUAUCCAGACGGGGGAAGUAUAAUGAUCGAUCCACUCGCAGGGCACGUCCAAUCAACAUCGUUUUUAGAUGAUAGUGAGAUCGGCCGUUCGUACGGCAUCCUUGGUGACAUCAUCAUGGCGGUCCAGCCUUCUGCUCGUGGCGUUUAUAAAAGUGGUUCAGCAGGGAUAACGGCUGUUAGUGAUGAUUUAUCAUCAUCGCAGGUACAAGCAGAUUACAAUAACAGCUAUGUCAAAGAUACGUUGCCCCCGGCCAUAUCGCUUCCCAGAUCAGGAGAAUUGGAACUGCUGGACGCCAGCAGCAACAGUAGCGGAGGUGUUGCGGCCAUGCAUGAUACCACCGUAGUUAUUGUGGGUUCGAGCUGGAGUGAUCCAGGAGCAUCUGUAUGGGAUGAUGUGGAUGGCAACCUGACAGCAAGGCUACACGCGUUUGGUGUAGCUGCAGUAGAUACAAGUCGGCCCACGAGUCCAGGAUUGCCGUACUCGUACAAGAUAGAGUAUCAGGCUGCAGACCUGGCGGGCAACAUCGCGCAGCCCGCUUACCGCUUCAUCCGCCUGGUAUGCCCCAGCAAUGAAGCCUACUGUACUGAUGCUGAGGGCCUGCCCGCCUGCACCUCCAGUGGUAUCUGCAAUGCCCCUCUGCCAAUAACCAGCAGCACGACAGGAGCCCCUGCAUCUGCCCAUUCCCUUGCGACACCCAUCUUCAUCAAUGCCGCCAACAAUCUUAGACAACGACCUGCCCUCACCCUCACCCUCACCCUCACCCUCGUGGGGCCCUCUGAAAUCAGAGUUCGGCAAGGUACAUCAUAUGAUAGGUGUACGGUGGUUUCAGUGCCACAACAGCAGCCCUGCGAUCCUGGUGCAGUAGCAUUUGAUGCUCUGGAUGGGCGUCUGGAUUUGCGGGUACAGAUGGUGCUUCCCCUGCUGAUUGCAUGCAAUGUACCUAUUGGCAGAGCUGGCAACUACACGAUCACAUUCUCAGUAGCCAACAGUGCCGGCCAUACUGCGAGUGUGUCACGCUCCCUUAUCGUGCAGCCCAUCUGCCCACAAGGAGAGACACUGUGUUCUGAUGCUGUCUCCUGCUCUGUUGAAGGUGUCUGCAUGGCAGCAGCAGCAGCAGUAGAUGUUGUAGGCACCUCUCCAGGGGUGUUGCUGCAGGAGGAUUACAUGUCGACAUCUGGUAGUGCCAGCAGGAGUGGUGCUAGUGACAUCACCAAAGUAGUACCAGGCACAACCAAGCCACAGAUCAAUCUCAUAAUCAAUGUGGCUGCACCCGCAUUAGUAAGGCUGCCUCGUGGCUGGAUGUAUGGACCCUGCCCCGAUAGCGUGGAUCUGUCAGCGCCCUCGACACCAUUUUGUGAACCGGGCGCCACAGCGGUCGACCCCAUUCGAGCCAUCAAUCUGACAGACCGGGUGAUCGUGUGCCCGCCACAAUCUUGCCUCCGCCACAGUACUGCUGACGGCGACAGCAACAGUACUACUGCUAUGAUAAGCUGUCCAUUAGAACUACUGAUGAGACAAUAUACCCUGGGCAGGACAGGACUAGCAGGAUGUGGCAUUAACACACUGGCACCAACCGGCACAGUCUAUCACAUUGACUUUUGGGUGUGGGAUGAUGCUCAGCCACCGAACAAUGCGACGGCCCGCCGCACUGUCAUAAUUACCGAUCCGUGCAUUGACAAGGCUUUACCAUACUUCUGCCCUGAUCAAUCCGGCGGAUACGUAUGCUCUCCAGUUACCUGUACUGCCGCGUCCUUCCUGCUGUCACCCACUGCUGCUCCCGGCCCCAACAUCACAUUGCUACCACCUGAUGAUGUGGCUUUUGUGGAAUAUGGUAGCGUGUCUUCCGUCUACCUAGGGCCGUGCACAUCACUAUCUGACACACGCAGUUGCGGCGCCACUGCAGUGGGUUAUUUGCUUCCCACCUCAACCACGGGUAACAUCACGGUCGUGGAUCUGACAGCCCAGCUCAGUGUAAUCAACGUCACGCCUUGCAAUAUGACAUCAACCGUUAGCAGCGCCAGCUGCCAGUCUUGCAGCUUAGAGGCACUUGCUGCGGGUAGCAGUGGUUGCUUGCCUGGCGUCUACACAUUCCAGUACUCAGUAGUGGAUGACCAGGGUGCCGCUGCAACUGCCAACCGGACCGUUGUUGUUUACCAGAAAGCCACCAUCAACGCGAACCUGCAGCUGCUGCGGCAGGUGCCACAGCUAACCGGUGUCGAAACCGCAAACCUACCGGUGGACCUGCUGAACAGCUCCCAUCCUGAGCACAAAUUCGCUGUGGAGGAGAUCGCGACUCGUCUGACGAAGUACGGUGUGCAGAGCUGUGACGUAGAUAUUUUGUCAGCAAUGGUAGAUUAUCCUCUUGGAGGCUUCCCGCCGCAUAUUAACUACAGCACAUCGAUAACUGUGAUCAUCAGUGCAGCCAUACACAUCUACAGUCCUCGCGGUGUGCACCGCUCAGCUGCAGGGUUAGCUUUUACAGCACCCUUUACCGGCGACAAGGAACUCCAACCGCAGUACAGACGACGGCGGCGCCAGCUCCAUAACAGCAAUAACGACGCUACUACCACGAAACGCCUGAUUGCAGCAGCGGGGGGCGACGGCAUUUAUUUCCCCAACGACAGCGGAAGCAGAGUUUGGAAUAACGUUUUUUGGUUAUCAGGAGAUGAGAUGGCCUUGGAGCAGGUGGUGAAGGACUUUUGGAGGGGUCUAGCGCAGCGGCAGUUGCAAGAGCUCCGGAAGUUGGAAGGCGGCAAGCCGACCCACCCGCCCACAAGCCGACCCACCGACCCACCCAAGGGGGCUUCCACAGGCUUCCGGGAGCAACUGCAACAUCGUCGGAGCAGCCGCCAGUUGCUUCAGAAGACGUCCUUGAACAGUAGCGAACUCAGCACAUCAUUACUAGGCAACUUAACAGCCUCCAUCGCCUCCGCUCUCAAUGCGACCUUUACAAACAUCACAGUCCCCCCCAGCCCAGAUCUAACCGCUGGCUACAUGGAAUCCCUGGUCGGCUUACUUCAGGCUCUGCUGCAGAAAUCAGAUGCCAUCAACUCAAAGGCUGUAACGCUCUUUACCACAUUUAAGCCCUCGUCAGAUGAAGCGGCCGAAGCGACUGCAAACACUUCUUAUGAUAUGGGGAAUGGUGGUAUUGCCACCGAAACAGCCUUGGCCGCCCUCCUGGCUGACGCAGCUAGUGCCAGAAACCGCACCAUUUCGCGUGCUGCGCAAGUUCUUGACGGAUUUGGGGAUCUUACUCGUUUAUCAAUGGAUGCUCAGCAGCAGCUGUCAGAUGAAAGCGGCAGGCUGGACUUGCGGCUCCGUGAGCUGUCCGAACAGACACGUGCACAUACGGACCGCGCACUUUACAUGGCCAUCGUGGCCGCGUCUCAGCAGCUGGCGGACAAGAACACCGACACGGGCGUGAUGGACCCAGAUUGCUACCGACUUCAGCUGACGGGAUUUCGAACAGCAUUUAACCUCUCCCGCUUCUCGUCAUCAAUAGAGCUGUCGUCAUCGCAUUCCUACCUUGUAAAUGAUGAGGCCAGGGCUACAAAACCUCUUAUUAUUAACAGCAGUAGCAACAAUGCCGGCGGUGUGACUGCUCGGAAACGUUAUUCUGGCGUACGUUCAAGUAACCGUGUCAUUGGCGGCUUGCUACUCCAUACAACGCGCCGGCCCUUUCUGCUGCCAAGGUGGCACAGCAGCAGAAGCAGCGCAUCAACGGGUAUGCUGCAACAGCAGCCGGUUGGCACUUGUGGUGGCAGCAAGUUUGCCGCAUCCCUGGGUUCCAAUAAUAGGUGUUACCUGCAUGAUGGCAGGUCAGACCGACAGAGUUGCGAUACAGCGGCUUGUAGCAGCAAUGCGCAGCAAACCUAUUCAGCAGCAGACGAUGCUCCGAGUAUCAGCCUGGCCCCCUAUGGUGUUGACCCUGUUUUCUUGAGGUCGUCCUCGCUGUUCCGGGAGGAUCUCAUCUCACAGCUCAACUGGUACUAUAACACGUCGGACCCCUCGCAAAGUGGGCUGUCCGCAAGACGUGCUGCCGAAAUGAUGCGCUACCUGGCGGAUGGCAACUAUCUGAACCGCCAGCAAACAAUCGACUUAACCGCGGAGCUGCUGGCAAUCUUCUCGCUGCAUGCCAAACCUCCUUGUCGUGUAUGCUGGCAGGUCUACAAUCCUGCCCGCCACGCGUUUGCGUACUUUCGGGCUAAAUUUGAAUGGUCUGGGGCGGGAGCCAUUAUCGGGCACCUAUCAACUGUGGGCUUCCCUGCGAUGGCCUAUCUCAAGGAGGGCGAGACACUGGGAAGUGCACUGUCCAGCAUUUUGGCUCGGGAGUUGUUGCCCUUGUGGGCCCUAGUAGCGACAUUUGCCGCAGCCACUAUCAGCACUGUCAUUUCCACUGUCUUGGCGGCUGUACGGGCUGCGGAACGGCUCGUUAUGGGAGUCCAGUGUCUGAUGGCUUUCCUUCACGAUUUGAUAUUGGUACCAUCAAAGAUCCCGCUGGCAGCGCUGGCAGCACCAGACGACCGGCUAGUCAACCAUCUGGCGGCUUCUCCCAAAGAGAGAAUGGCAUAUCCGCUGAUAAAUACAAAUGCAUCUUUGAAGGCGCGGUUCCUGGUGAUGGUGAUGGUGAUGGUGAUGAUGAUGAUGAUGAUGAUGAUGAUGAUGAUGGUGAUGGUGAUGGCCGCUGGUAUAGGUAUCAAUGCGCCGACGAAUGCUGGCGGCCCUGGGAGGUGGCUCCUCCCUGAGGACGUCACUGACUUGGAGGCGCUGAACGAGGUGCUGCAUAACACGCGCCGCCUAGUAGACAUGUGGACAAUGUAUGGAAUGUUGCAGGCAGUCGCCAUUGUGGGCCUUAUUGCUAAGCUGGUGAUGGUGCUGUCCUUCCAGGCGCGUCUGGGCAUCAUCUGUCGCACCCUCAUGACCAUGUUCACUCCCGUCUUUCAUCUGGUCAUCAUUAUUGUGGCGGUGGCGGCUAUGAUAGCAGCUGCAGCGAAUGUCGUCAUGGGUGACCAUGUUGCGGCGGUAUCCAGCAUGGGGUCAUCAAUGGGCAACACGAUAUCAAUACUAGGCAAUCCAGCUGCGAUAAUCGACGAACUUAAACUCCUCCACAGCGACGACAGGCACAUCUUGCCAACGGCUGAACACGUUGCCAUCAGCCUCACUAUCGCUUGUAAAGUCCUGCUACUGCUUUACAUGCUGAUCACCUAUUUCUUCACCACCAUGGGCAUGAUCUUCAUGAAACAAAAGCACAGCGAUACGUGGGCGCGUGCCAGAACUGUACUGCAGGACCUGGCGAUGAUUGUGCUGCCUGAUUUGAUGAGGGGCCUGGGGAAGUUGCUGCCGGUGGGCAGAGUGGCGCCAUCUUCGCUGACGGCAAAACGCAGUCGUCAUUUUCACCAGCAGAAAGCAGCGUGCAUCACCAAGUCGGCCGUCACCCAGCAAGGUGAUGCUGCUGGCACUGAUGACACUGGUGGCGUCAACAUCACUGAACACGUUGCGAAACGUGGACAGACACUACCGGCUCAUCCUCGUUUUGAACUCCUGACUGCGCCCACCAACAAGCAGCUCCUGAGGGUUCUCGCAGCAGGUGGUGUGCAUGACCUGCUGUGCGGUGCAGGUCUGCCCAAGACCUGGAACGGCCGAGUGCGCGCUGCAAAAGUGCAUGGUGGUCGGCUGCUGAUUGACAAAGCUGCCAUGCGCCAGCUUAUACGCUUCGCGGCAUCCAGCACCACUACCGCAGGAGCAACCGCUGCAGCAGCAGGUUUAGGUACGGUGCACGUGCCAACAGAAACCCAAGCUCCAGCAUCAAGCACGGCUGUUGAUGCCAACAAUAAUGGCAGUGGUGAAGCAUCUCGAGAAUACACCAGAGCGCAGCUGCAUACCAUGAAGGAUCGGCCAUUUUUAGUGCAGAUGGUGGCGCAGAACGUCAUGAAACAUGUCGGCCGUACGUAUGGUCCUCUGACACCGGAGUUCCGAAAACUGGAGGCAGAAGCGGUAAAGAAGGAGCAGGCAGUAGCAGCAGCAGCAGCACAGCAAGGACAGAAGGCUUUUGCCGUCCCAAGUAACAGAGGUGGUAUCGUGGCCCUGAAAGCUCAUCAGUAUUCGCAAUCCGGAGUGAUGAAGGGUAAUGACAGUGUAGAUGGCGGAUGCUUGUCUUCUGGUGGUAAUAUUGGGUCCUCUUUGCAAUGGAGAGAAGAGCAGGAAGUGGAGAGAAGAGCAGCAAGUGGAGAGAAGAGCAGCAACAAAGAGGUUGACAUCCACCUAUCCAUUUGCGAGUCGCUAAACGCUACGGUGGAGUACAUGGCGCGCUGGCAACGAGGUGUACAUCGUUGGCAGGCAACCCUGCUUCAAUGCGGGAUGAAAUCGCUAGCACCAAACGCUCCGGUGAGCGACCGAGCUGGAUUUGCACCAGUUAGGCUUGAUGAUGCUGUUGUUGAGGCCCAGCGUGAGCGAAUGGAGCACGAGGAUGUUGCUAGGCGCGAGCGCAAUGCGGUCAAUGCUACGGCAGCCGGCGAGGCGAGGCUUGCGCUCACGCCGCAGCGUGGCAUUCGACCUGUUGGACGUCCUCUUCAACAAAUGAGCACGUCACGGAGCUGGAUGCAAAGUUCAGCAUGCUACCAGCGGACAAGGUGGAGGCCAUGCGUGCAGCAACGGAUUUCCAGAAUUAUCCAGAAUUUGCUAGGGCGUUUCCAAAGUGCGAAAAUGGUCAAAACAUGGAAGAGUAUGAGAUACAUAUACCUCAGCAACCAGCAGCUGCUGACUUGUCUGGGGGCAACACCUGGCGCUCCAUUUGUAGACCGCCCACCCAAUCUGCAUGAUGAGGACUUGCCGCAUAGCCCCCGGAGGACAGACUCACCACAGUCACCUCUUACCGAGCUGCAGUCAAGCCCCUCGCAUCUGACAAUGAAGCAGUGGUGCGUGCGCAAAUCGCUCCUCCACCAAAAGCUGCCGCAACGUCAGCAAGGUGCCCUCAACCGGCAAGGAAGCUCCAACAAUAGUGGAGAGCCCAACCAACCGCUGUCACACUUGCAAGUGGACAUCACGCUUUCAAAUCUAAGUGUCAACCAUGAGGAGGGCAGCAACGACAGCACCGACUGGCGGCACGCACAUGUUGGUCCACCCAUAUUUGUCCGGCGAUGGAGGUCGUCGGUGCUGGGCCCACUGCAAAGUAGCGCUUUUGCAUUGCAAUUGGGACAGAUGCAUUAUGCCAAACCUCAAACACCGAAGGUGCAGCUCUCCGUGGUGAGUGAUCAACCAUUAUUAUCUGGGCCAAGCAAAGUAGUUGCAGUGGCAGCACUGGACGCGCGGAGCCCUUGCCAAGGUGACACAGCAGCAGCAGUGAAGAUCUGGUCAAAUGCAUGCCAUGACAUCCUGGCGGCAGAGGAAUCAGCAGCAGCAGAGAAUCCAGUAUGUAGCUUUUCCAGCCAACCUCAGCAGCUCUACCCGACCAUUCAGAGCACUUCUCACUGA